AUGCUUAUUUCUUGGUCAUUUCUCAUCCUUUUCAUCACUCUACACAACAUCUUUACAGAAGCUGCUCCACAAGACAAGGAGAAGCUAUUGAAAUUCACGAAUUUAAGAGUGUGUCGAGCAGAAAGAUUUUCCACAGAAAAAUGGGCUCCUUGUCCUUCGCAUAGACCGCAUGAUCCAAUUGAUUGGCCUUGUAUCAGAGCGGUUGAUUUGUGUAAUGGAAAUCGAGAUUGUCCAAAUGGUGAAGAUGAGGAACCGAACAUGUGCAUGUUUCAUUCUUUGAAUCAAGGAUCAUUGCGUCAAUUGCAGCUGGACUUUUUGAGAUUCAGUGGUGUUACACCGUCGUCAAGAACACCCUCUGAAUUUGUGAAAAUCAAGUCUGAGCCAUAUACGGAAUUCGAC